AUGGGAUUCCAGUUCCCUGUGAAGACGUCUUUCCCAAAGUCGUCACCACAAUCUCCUGGUGCGUCCGCACCGGACGGUUCUCCGGAUUCCCACAUCCAGACUCCGCCUUCUCCCAGAUCUCCUGCCCUGUCAAGCGCCUCCACUGCCGACGGAGAAGGCUCACCCGAACUCCCGCCUCUGCCGGCCCCCAAGCUUCCCGACCGGGUGCUUGGCCUCUUGAGGACACCCCCGCCCAGCAGAGGGGACCGAGCUGACCAGGACCGGUACGAUACCGCUCGCUGGGGCUCCCCCUACCCUGAACAUCUGCGCGACGAGAGCUUGAGUAGCGGCCCUUCGGAGGAAUCCCCGAUCCGCCAUCUCGAAAUCCAUACCCCUUUUCUCCGCCCUGCCCCUCUGAUCCAAGAAUCCGGCUCGGAACUGCAACCAUCUUCUCUUGUCAGCGCAGCUGUUCUUGCAAAUCGCGCACGGCGACCGGCUCGAGGGCUCACCGAGGAUUGGAUCCGCCAGCAUACAGCGGGCGACGAGGAUUCGGAAAGGCGUCAUUGGCUAAGUGACGGCGCUGGCGAUAGUGAGAACUCUUCACUGAGCGGCUCAUUUUCCGGCGACGACUCGGCCUGGCUAGGAGACCAGGAUAUUAGGACUCCGAGGGCGAGCUUGCUUGACAAAGGCCGGCAGCGUCACGCUUCUCGACGAUACCCCAGGACACGAUCUAGCAGCGAGACGCUCAAGCAAGCGCAUCUCCGCCGUCAAUCUGAGUCAAGUGCUGCAGCUAUGGCUGCCACCGAAAAGGACGCCGCCGCCGAUGGCGUUGACGAUCAGAAAUCUCAAAGACCUAACCAAGAGCAAGAUGCUUACCCGCCGUCAGCUGGGACGCCUAAGAAGGAAGACCGCGUGGGCUUGGAUGGUCCGGCGGAUGCGCCUAAAGGCGAAAAUAACCCCCCAGUCACACCUUCAAGAGCACCGAUGAAGCGUCUUCCCGCCAUGACUCCGCGCCUAAAGAAAAGGGUGCCAUGGAAGGGCAAGAACAUCAUGAUCCUGCUGCCCCGCGACGAAGAACGUGGCCAGCCGGACAAGGCACCGUUGCCAUUGAGUGAGGCAACUGUUGCUGGCAUGUUGAAAGACUGGGAACAGUUAGGUUAUAAUAUUGAGGGCUUCGACUUGGACACCCCACAGGGCUUCGCAGCGCCCGGGGAAGACUCGCAAAGUAGGGGCGCAUGGCCAGAUUUCGAAGAUAUCGCGAAAGAACGAGCCCAGAGGACAUACCACGUCCUCUUGCCGGACUUGAAUGCUUGGAGGAAAUAUGUCGAGGAGUUGAACGAGGCAAAACUGCGGGCGCUUGGCGUGUCCUUUGGAGAUGAGGACCCUCCUCCGCCGUCCAUCUCUCCGGCGACGACCAUGAGCCGCCAGCCGUCGGUAACACAUUAUCCUCCGCUGCCGUUCUCGCCCCCAAUCCCGACCUCUUCUGCUUCCAGCAAUCAUGCGGCGCAAGGAUUCCCCUUCCCCGGACAGUUUGUCUCAGGGACUGGGUCUUCUGCCGCACAGAGUCCUGGGAUCCCGACCGUUUCGUCUCCCGCGUCUUUUGGCGGAAAAUACAACCCAAGGGCGUCUGUGUCGAUCCCGUCUCCGCAUGGACAGGCCUGGUCUCCGCAGAUGCUCUUGCAACAAGGCGGUCUCCCGCGCGGUGGCUCGCCGUCGCUGGCCAACCUGAACUCAAUGAUGUCGCCCACCUCUCCAUUUUCGCCAGAUGGGAUGUCUGGGCCCGUACACCAGCGACACCAAUCUCUGCAAUAUCCCCUCCUCCCUCAUCAGUUCCAGCAGCCCGCUAGGGUAUCCCCGCGCCUGCAAGAGCUUCGUGAAGUCGAGGAGGAGGCUUCAAGCAAGAGCCCAUCCAAGACUCCAGAGCCCACCGAGCAUGUUCGGCACAACACCAGCGACAGCCUCCAGAAAGAGAUUGACGAGGCAGAGUACCACCUGGAGGAACAGAUGCGAUCGCAGCUCGACAAUGACGAGGACUAUAGCCCCCACAACGAAGACGGCAAGGUGGAGCCGGUCAGUGUGACAGCGCCGCUCCCUGGCAUUCACGGUCGGGAUCCGUCUGUCCAGUUCGGCCCGCAACCUACUCGCUUCGGCAGUGACUCUGAAGGCGGCCCUGUGCUCCAUCAUCCUCGGCCCCACAGCCGAGGUCAUUCAUUGACACAGAAGUACUUCACGGAAGAGGAUGCAACAAAGGAAGUCGCUUUCAACCCGAAGCCUUUGCAGGCCGCCGAGAACCGCAUUUCCGAGGAUUCAGAAGUCGAGACGAAUCCGAGUAACUUGGGCACUCCUAUUCAAUCUAUGGGCUUCGACAAACUGCUGCACCAGAGGUCCUUCUCCACUGCGAGCAAUCCUUGGACUGAUAACGAGUCAGCAAAGUCUACCGGCAACUUCAGCUUCAAUGGAAAACGGCGGACUAGCCAUGGAAGCAAGGCUUCCUUGUCCAAGUUGAACGUCGAGGCUCCUGAAUUCAAGUUCAACCCUACAAACACGUUCAAGCCGGGCCAAUUCGUCUUCUCUGGCCAGAAUAUCCAGCCGAUCGCCUUCCCCGUGGGAGUGAGCGCGCCACUGUCUGCCAAUUCCAGCCAGUUCAGCUUCCCGACAACGUCCUCGUCGAAAAUCAAUGUCAAUGCGCCCGCCUUCUCUCCAGGCCAGACCGACUUCAGCUUCUCGGUUACGGGUCCCAAAUUCCGACCUGACGCACCAGCCUUCACGCCACUCCACGCUCUCUCAGACUCAAUCACCAGUCCGGUCGUCUCGGGCAAUGAGAGUGUCAGCAACCCUGCGAGCUCCAUCUUUGGCAACAUUGACAUAAAUAACGCGGAUAUCGUCAAGCCUGCUAAGAAAUCCAAGGCUAUUCCAAUUAUCCGGCCGUCCAGUCGCCAUUCGCAGCAAGCUUCGGAGCCCCAGGAAGAUCAGGAUGGGCGUCUCACGGACGAGUCACGAAUCAAGAGAGCUCGUGGCAGCAACAUGGAAGAUGAUGCGGUGCCACUGUUCGCGCAACCAACCGAGGAAUCGACACCGGUCCCCGAGCCCAAGACCGAGGAGGCUGACGAAGGAGAAGUUAGUGCUGUGGAUAAAUCAUUUGAUGAAACGAGUGCCCCGGCCGAUACUGCGUUUUCCUCGACCAUGGUCUCCGAAACAACCGAUACAAGAGCCACUGUUAGCCCGUCGGAGACCUCUCCUGCCCAGGGUGCUUUGAACUGGGCUCCCUUUGAGUUCAAGGACCACAUCGACAUACAGAACUUCGACGCUGCUCGACCAUUUGGCGAGGACGUGUUCAAGAAGACUCAUAAGAAGUCCCUGUCGGCGGCAGCAAAGGCUUUCGUCCCAGGCGCUCCAGUCUGGGACGACUUUGGGGAGGGAUCUGCAGGCGAGUCGAUCGACGAACCUCUCGGGGAGCCGGUCGAGGAGCCGGUCGAGGAAACCGUCGAGGAAGAGACUGAAGCGCUGGAGGAGGAGCCAGUUCGCGAAUCUACCAAGGUGCCAGAGGAAGCACCAAUCGAGAUCAAGCCCACUCCAUUGUCUGCUUCGGUUCCUCCAUUCCAACCCCGCGGGCUACAAGCUUCGCGCUUUGCCUCUCCCCCGCCCGCACCUAAGGGUUUGUCGGCGUCGAGGUUUGCUGUUACCCCGUCACCGCCACCUGCGCAGCCUGCCGAUCAGUCCCGCUCUGUCAGUCCAUCGCCUGCUCGUGGUGAUGAAACAGAGGAACUGCUGCCAGCUGCGUCGCCGCUCGACGCAGAUGACACGCAGCAAAGCCUGCCUCUGCCCACUGACGACAAUGACUUGCCACGCGUAUCCGGCGAUGAAAAUGAGGCUGAGGAGGGUGUCGAUACACAGGAGCCCACCUACGAUGACAUCGAUGCAAUCAUGCGCCAUCUUAAUCAGAAUCCCAGUAUGGGCGUCAAGAAGACGGUUGAUCAACCUCAAUGGCAUCAACCCAGUCCGCAGCGCCCCAUUUCCCUCGCUGCUGUCACCAACGCUUCGCCGCUUCAUCUCCCUCCUCAGACGACCCAGUUGCGCAGUGAUGCGCCUAGUCCGAGCCCCCGGCAGUACCGAGCUCUUCCGGGCGAAGUUCCACCACCCAUCCUCACAACGGAGCUGGAAGAUCCCUUUGUUGACCCGCCUCGGAGCGCCCUUCAGAGUGCCUCCCUCGAUGGACCUGUCCAUCGUCUCAAUGGUAGCGGCAGCGUCCCAGCUAGCGACUGGGAUGGCGCUUUCACCGAGGACGAACAAGCUAAGCUCGAAACGCGAGUCAAUUUCUUUGACGGCCACGUUAACGAGCUGGUUGAUAGUCUCUUGGCUUCUCAUCUUGUCCCGCUUGAGCGGACUCUCGAUAGCAUCAAGCAUGCUGUUGCCACCAUGUCGCGCCGGACGCCUUCCAGCCGCCGGGAGCGCCGUAGCAUGUCAGUCGAGAUCCAGGAAAGCGAUGCCGAUGACGAAGACGAGGAACUUCCGGUGCCCCGCCGAUCUAUGAGUCCUCGCAGGGACAAGAGGGUGGAGCAGAUCCGUGCCGCUGUCCUGGAUGCCUUCGCAGUACAGCAGCGCAAUAUCCCGGCUCAGAUCUCACCUCCACCAGCGCCUCAGGCUGCCGACGAUUCGUCGAUCCUCCGGGCACUGGAGGAAAUGCGGGAGCAAUUCACCCAGUCCCUUCACCUAGACUUCCGUGGCGAGGAUCUCCGGAAUAUCGUUGAGGAUGCCGUGGAGCGCCGCAUGCCUUUGACUCCGGUGCCCACCGAGGGUGACCAGGAGAAGAUAGCCGAGCUGCAGGCCCGCGUGAACGAGCUGGAGCAGCGCGUCCGCCUCGAAGAAACCAAGGUCGAGGCCGAAGUUACUGCGAGGCGUACUGCCGAAGACAGUGCCGCGGAUCUGAAUAGGAAGCUCGAGUUUGCCGAGACGCGAAUCGAGGUCGAAAUCAUGAACAAGAGCGCGUUUGAUCAGCGGGUUAAUGACCUCGAGGAUCGGCUGCAUCAGCAACAAGCCAAGUCCGAGGAGGAGCUCCAGGCACGCCGGGCUGCUGAAGAUAGGCUUUCGGAAGUUCAGCGUCUGCUCCGCAUUGCUUCCGAGGAAGAGAGCCGUCUCCGGGAGCUCGUCGAGGAGAGGGAUCAGAAGAUCAAGUCGACCGAAGCAAACCAGAGCAAGAGCGCGAUGCGGCUCACGCUCUUGGAAGCAGCCCACUCCAACGCUCAGCAGUCUCAGGGCGAACUCCAAAACCGCAUUAACGUUGCCGAAGUCGACCUCCGGGAUGCAAGGCAGGAAGCCAGUCACUGGAGAUCUGAAUAUGACCGCCUCGACGAGACCUCCCGUCGACAAGAAGAUGAUCUCGCCCAUGUCCUGGGUGAGAACAGAGCCAUGCGCAAACUGGUCGACACUUUGGGUACGCAGCUGCAGGAGAACGAGAAAAUCCGCGACAGUUGGCGCUCCAAGUUUAGUACCCUCCAGGAAGACAUGGCAAAGGCCGCCCACGAGAUUGCCGAGGAGAACGCUCGGCGGACCAAGAGGGAACAGGCUCUCAUUGCAAGACAGGAGGUCCUCGACGCCAAGCUGCAAGCCGAGGCAAGAACUCGCGAGCGCAUCGAGGAGGAGAUGCAGAGGUUGGAGAACGGUGAGCGCCAGGGCAUGAGGGCUGUCAAUGAGAGCAAGAGGCUCGAAGCCACCCUUGUCGAGCUGCGCAGUGAGAACCACAAGCUGCACCAGAGUGCCCUUCGCUAUCAAGCCGAAUUCCAGGAAGCCCGGGAGUCCGGUGCGCGGGAAGUCCAGCGAACUCGCGAGUCCAUGCAGACCGAGCUCGACGAAGCGAACCAUCAAGUCAACGUGGUCCGCGAGGAACUCGAGGACCAAAUCGCCAGGUUCAGGGCCAAAUUAGACCAAGUCAAUCUCGAUGCCGAUACCGCGAGGGCUCGGCACGAGAUGCUCCUCGAGGAGGCUCAGAGCUCGAAGAAGGUCGAGCUUGAGGAGCUGACUCGGAGACACCAGAACGACAUGGAAGACAUGCAGGCUCGCUACGAACGGCAGCUCAACAACACGACCGAGGAUGCUCAGCGAUCCGAGCAGAACCUGCUGGAGAGGCUGAGCAUCUCUGCCUCCAAAUCGGAGCAUCUACAGGACAAGGUUGCUCAUCUGGAAGAGAAACUCGAGAUCGCCAAGGAGGCAGCUCUGGCUGCCGCCCAGGCUGCCAAAUCGUCAAUCGGCAGUCCAGAUCUUACUCCUCGGCCGGUUCCUGUCCGCGCAUCCAAGCCCAUUAGCAGCGCCAUGGAACCGCCCGAGAAGGUUUCUCCGCAGGCACUCCGUGAGUCAAUCAUGGUCCUGCAGGAGCAGCUGCAGGAACGGGAGCAGAAGAUCGAGGAGCUCGAGCAGGUCCUAUCCAAGGUCGACCCGGAAGCCUCCAUCAAGAUCGUGAAGCGUGAUGAUGAAAUCAUCUGGCUUCGCGAGCUUCUCGCCGUCCGACAUUCCGAUCUCCAGGACAUCAUCGCGGCGCUUCAACGGGAAGACUACGACAAGAAUGCUGUCAAGGAUGCGGCUAUCCGUCUGAAGGCGAACCUGCAGAUGGAGGAGCAGGAGCGGGAGAGAGCCAUGAAUGGCGGCUCGGCCAUCAACCUCCCGAACAUCGCCUCUACCAUCAGGGAUGCUGCCAGUCCUCGAGUUGCCCAGGCGGUGGGCCCUCUGGCCGCCGCCUGGGGCAACUGGCGCAAGUCUCGAGACCCCAACUCGUUCGGCAGCUUAUCCAGCGUUCUAUCCUCUCCAGCCCCAGGGACGGGUACCAGCUCAACGCCCUCGAGGAGCAGCCCAGCAUCGCAGAGCAGCUUCCUCGGAGGGCUCCUGACGCCGCCCGCAUCUGGCCUGCGCCAGAGCCCCCUGGCGGAGACCCCCGCCGCCGCCCCUAGCCAGCCGACCGCGUUCUCAAACACGGGCCGCCGCUUCACGGCCCAGCAGCUCGCCAACCGACCGCGGGGCCCCUCUUUGACCCCGAGACAGUCGGAGAAGCAGCCGGCCGUCGUCGCGGGGACGCCGUCUAGGCGACGCGUCUCCGGGCAGCAGCCCGUCACACCGCCGAUGAUGCGGCCCAGCGCCUACGACUCGGACGCCCAGGCCGAGGACUUUGACAGUGCCGGCUUCUUCGAUGACUGA